AUGCCCUGUACCAUGGAAACGUCCGAGCCAAGGGCCCCAGGGAAGGGGGCAGAGAGGCGGCCGGGACGCUGCACGUUCCAGGUCGAGGUUACUCCUGAGUGUAGGCGAGGCGAGCAGGGCAGGGCACUUGCUUUGCGUCUGCUUUGCUUCUGCUGCGCUGCUGCUGCUAGAGGAACUCAUGUUCCCAUUCCCUUGGGUCGGCGGGCCCCCUACUCCGUACGUCUGCGCCUAGUUAAGUACACAACGCUCCGCUCAUUACGCACGCAUCGUCUUGGCUCACAUCCGUUUGCCUACAAGAGUAAGGAUACUCUGUACUCUGUACGGAUAUGUACAGAGCAUCGCGGCUGGCAAUGGAUAUCUCUCCACUCGGUGAACGGCUAUCUCUCAGAUACAACAUGCGCUUACCGUUCCGGUUCGAAAAGGAGCCCUACUGCCGCACAUCAUCACCCGUUCUCAUUAAGGGGUUUGACGGCUCCUGACUCGCCCAUCUGCCGUGGCACCACGGCACCGCGGCCAUGGUCGCAGCCCUAA